UUGCUUCCCUUCCCGGGGAAUUGGAAGGGAAAAGGAAUCGGUGGAAAACCGAACAAAAAAACCACCCCUGGAACUGGAAUGCAACCGCUUUUCGCAUUGUGCCGCCAAUUUUUAGUUGACGCAGAUCCUUGGAGGAUUCAACAUGGAUAACCAAUAUCAGCGCAUAGUCAACGCCAAUUCUCGCGGGGAUUCGCAGUUCCAGCGGAGCAGCAGUGGGCCACUGUUUUUAAAUGCCUGGUCGCAGACUUCUAGCGAGGAUUUCGAGCUGCUCCACAGCCUCUCCGCGCCGGAUCCCCAAGUGGAGGCCGAGAACCGUGCGCUGCGGGAUAAGGUUCGCUAUUUGGAGGCCAAACUGCAGCAGCACACGGAUUUGCUAUCCCAAAUACAUGCCACAUCCGCCAGGAUGCAGCAGGCAGCCACCUUGCUGGCUGAACCACCCACCCCGCCUGCGGUUCAAAGCCACCAGAUCCUCACGCCGCCCAGUUCGGUGAUUUGUGCCCCUGUUCAGAAUACCCAGAUUCUGGACUACAAGAUCAUCUCGGCACCGGAUGAUGCGGAUGCCAUUGAGAUUCGAUUGGCGGCGGAGAGUCUUAAUAGCCUCAGUACCUCGGCGGAUUCGGAUCGACUGGAGAUUUGCCUGGGCGAGGAGAAUCAGCAGCAGCAGCAGAAUCUACAUCAGCAGUACAGGAUCAGCAGUGGCAUCAAAAGGGAGGAGGAGGAAACCACUGGGACACCUUUACACUUCAUCAAGCGCCGCAAAUUGCAGGAGAUUCAGUUGGCAGAGGAAUCGCCGCGACAGAACAUCAAAUUGCCAGCGAAAUCCCAAAUGAAAAUCCGCAAUGGUAGCCUCACCGAUCUCAGCAAGAAUCAGAAGCAGAGCAUGGACAACGUGAUGGUGUCCAUUGGCCCGAAUAACACCUGUGUGCCCGCCAGCGUCUAUGAGAACGUCAACUGGUCGGUUUCCUCGCUGGCCACCCGAAAACUCCUCGUUUCCAUUUUCGAUCGCGAAACUUUGGCCACGCAUUCGAUGACGGGGAAGCCAUCACCCGCUUUUAAGGAUCAGGACAAGCCACUCAAGCGCAUGUUGGAUCCCCAGAAGAUCCAGGACAUCAUAUUUGCGGUCACACGCAAGUGCAAUGCCAGCGAAAAGGAGGUGCGCAAUGCCAUCACCACCAAGUGCGCCGAUGAGAACAAGAUGAUGAAGAUCCAGAAUGUCAAGCGACGCAGCAGUGGCGUAAAGCACGAAAAGGAGAACAUUAUCUAGAUAGAAAUAGUAGUAGUAUUAUUAGAGCCUAAUGAUUAAUACCUUAGACUAGCACCAAAAAAAAAACGAGCGCAUAUUAACGCUUAAACUCUCACAGAUUUAUAAAAAAUAGCCCAUAGUUAUAUAGCGCCUAACACUACAUUGAACUUACGUGUAGAAUAUUUUUGAAGAUCUCGAAGAUGAUUUUACCAAUCCGAACCAAGAAA